AGAUAAGUCCGCGUUCACACUGCUGCCUGGCGCAAACAAUAAAAUUUUUUUUUAUCUUUAUUUAACCGAAGUUUUAGCUAAAAUAAAGAUGACCUAGGAGUGGCAACGAGAGUGUGUGCGCGUCAGGAUGGCCUAUAUAAACAUAGCUGAAUGGACACCAGACCAAGUAACAGACUGGAUCAAAGGUCUCGACGAGUCCAUGGAAGGUUAUUUAUAUGAAUUUUCCAAACAUGAAAUCGGUGGGCGAUCCCUGCUCAACAUACGACCGUACGAGUUGGAGAAUUUGGGAAUGCAGCGUAUAGGCCAUCAGGAGAUCGUGCUGGAGGCAGUAGAAAAUUUACGAAAUUUUCAUUAUCAUUUGAAAAAUGAUAAUCUUCAGUUUAUGGCGUUGCAUGUGGCGACGGCGGCGAGGAAUUUGCACCGCGAGCUGGCCAAGAAUCAUGCGGACAGCAAGAAGAUCGAUACGCGCACCCUGCAUGACAUCACCAGGACAAUUGCCACGCUGAAGCCGCUGGUGGGCAGCCUGGAGCGUUCACCCUUCCGGGGCCAGGAUAAUUACCGCGAGUAUUGCGGCAAUGUCCUGAAAUGCGGCCUCGAGCUGGCCACAUAUGGGCAUCGGGACCGCUUCGUCGAGAAUCCAGUGGACAAAAUCAGGAACACAGCGGAGCGGCUGGAGAGUCUGGCCAAUUUCAUGAUUCAGGACAUCUCCGAUCCGAUGGUGCUGCAGCCGUCCUCCCUCAACCUGGUCAACCUGAAGAAGCGCGAGUCGGAGCUGGGCUUCAACAUAGAGUCCAGCUACAAUGGCAUCCAUCGCGUGACGGACAACAAGUACCACUCGCCGGCCCACAACUCGGGCAAGAUCGAGGACGGGGACGAGAUUGUGCAGAUCAACUAUCAGACGGUGGUCGGCUGGCAGCACAAGACCGUGCUGAAGAACCUGCGCGACUCCCUGCCCGAUGUGGUGCUGACCGUCAAGAAGCGACCGAAGCACACGAAAAUGUUCGGCCAGAUCUACAUGCAGCCGUAUCGGCUGCCGAGCAAGAAGCGCAACAUGGCGUGUCGCUGGGCGGAUCAGGUGCCCAGUCCGCGGGCCGCCUUUCUCACGCUGGACACGGAGAAGGUGGCCACAGCCGGCCACACGCUGGGCACAGAGGUGACGAAGUCUUUGGCCAGCGAAACGAGUGAGGUGGUCAAAGCCAGUCCGCCAGCCUCCUCCGACUCGGACUCCAGCUGCAGUGAUAUAGCCACGCCCACGGAUCCCAAAUCGGCGACGCGUGAGAUGCGCCUGUACUAUCCCAAGCCCAGGGCCCUGCUGCAGCGCCGGCACACCAUCUGUGGCUAUGAGUUUGUCAGCCUCAAGCACUCGGAUCUGGUGGUGCCCUCGUGGCACGAGCGCAAGCCGGGCAUUGGCUCAUCGGUGGCCUGCUGUGAUCCCGGUUCGCCCAGCAUUCGCGAUAAAUCCAUCUCCUUUGGCUACGGCCUGGAGAUUGCACCGCGCCCGGCGACCUACAUGGGCAUUGCCGACAGCACCACGGACAAGGCACGGCGCAUGUUCAACGAGGCGCGCAAGCUGAAGCAGCUGACGGGUGAGUUCCAGCGGGAGCAUGUGGAGGAUCGCUACAAGCCGGGCGUCAGCAAGGUGGUGCGCUUCGAUGCCACCAUGAAGGUGGAGGACUAUGUGGUGCGGAACGAGAAGUUUACGUGCAAUGUGGAGAACACCAUACUGGAGACCUUCGAGCCCAUACCCUUUGCCGACGAGGGCGACGAGGAUGCCCUGGAGACGUUGCGCAACUGCAAGACGGACAACACCGAGGAGCUGCUGGAUGCCAUCAAUAUGGCCACUCUCGGACAGGAUCUGCCCCUGGCCGAGGCCAUCAAUACGCCCCUGCUGCUAAAUCGGGGUCGUGGCCGCCUGGACAAGAGUCACAGCACGCCGGCGUAUGAUAACUCGGGCGAGGAAUCGGACACACCACCAGCCGUCGAGCCGCGCAAGGAGUUCCUGCUGGUAACGCCGCCAGCACCGCCACCGCGGCCGCGCAAGCAGAAGGAAAUGAGUCCGCCGGUGGUGCCGCCGCCACCACCCAAGCCGGCCAGCAUGCUGGCAGCCUCUGCACUUGUGCUUCUCCCCGUACCUGAUCCCAUCUCUGUACCUGUACCCGUACCCGUACCUGUGCCUGUGCCUAUUCAGACUCCCACGACACCCUCGGAGCCGGCGGAGAUCAGUGAGCUGCACACGCCCAGCAAGUCGCGCACCCUGACCCUCAAGAAGAAGCACAGCCUGAUGGCCAAGCGGCGGAACACAAACCUCAAGCUGCUGGGCACCGGCGACAUACAGGGGCAUCUGUAUAGGCGCAAGAAGAACCAUCGCGGCGUCACCUACUGGGCCAGGAUAUACUUUGUGAUGUUGGACACCAUUCUGUACGGAUUCCGCAGCAAGCAGAGCACCACCGCCAGUCUGGUCAUCUUUCUGCCGGGCUUCACCGUCUCCCUGGCCAAGGAAGUGCACUCCAAGCCGCACGCCUUCAAGGUUUACCACACGGCCAAGAGCUUCUACUUUGCAGCCGAGUCCCUGGAUGCGCUCAAUCAGUGGGUGGAGUUUCUGCGUCAGGCCUCGCAGAAGAUACCGCCCAACGUGCGUGCGGAUACCAAAGAUCUGUACUCGGAGAACGACAGCUCGGGCGAGGAGUGUGACGCCCUGGUGGCCAAAAAUCUGUGCACACCCUCGCCCCAGGGCUCCAAGGAGAUGUCCAUGCAAACGGGAGGAGGCGGCGGAACACCCACCUCCAGCACGGGGCACGGCAUCAGGCACGAUCGCAGCUAUCUGGACUCGUUUCGCAAGUUCACGAUGGGCCCCUUCAAGAGCAGCGCGGCAAAGCCCUCCUGCGACAUCCCAGUGCCCACGGAGCAGUAUCGCAGCUAUCGCAAGGUGCCCGGCGGCAGUUUUGGCAUUCAAAUUGGUGCCAAUACACCGGGCUACCAUGAUCCAGCCAUGCCGCCCACUUUGGUCACGCAAAACGCUUUGGCCGCUGAGGCGCGUAAAUUGUCGCGCAGCUCCAGCCGCAGUUCCGUGGUGAGCAACACAGAGUCCGCUGUCUCCGUUUCGGCAUCCGCAUCGGUGUCUACCUCGCUGGCGCUGGGUCCGCCCACAUCGCCAGCGCCUACGGUCAGCUCCAUGCAGCAACAGAGCUCGGAGGAUAGCCAGAGUCAGAGUCCGAGUCAGAGCCAGAGCCCGAACAGCAAGUCGAGCCUGAAGAAGGUGCCCUUCAACUUUCUGCACGCCUCCAAUCCCAAUCUGGUGGAGUUCGAUUUCCACACCUCGAAGACGCUGCUGCCGAAGAUGAGCGUUGGCGGCACGCUGGACCAUCACCACAACACCCAGGGCUUUGUCACGCUCAAAGAUCUGAUGCUGCGCAAGCAGGAGGAGGAGGCCCAGGAGAUGUACAACAAUCGCGUGCAUUUGGGCGUGGAGAAGCACAAGCAUGCGCGCACCGAGUCCACGGCCAGUCAGCAGAGCAGCACCGUGGUGAAGCCGCCGGCCAAUCUGCCCAAGAUCCAGAGCGUCAGUCUGCCCAAGACGCCGGACUAUGAGAUUAGCUUCAAGCCGGACGACGAGAGCAUCAAGCGGACACGCACCAAGGAGGGCCAGAAGCUGCGCGACUUUGGCUACGAGCUGAUAUGCGGCGAUGAGCCCAGCUCCUCCAGCAAUCACGAGCAGCUGCACCAUCAUCAUCUGCAAUUUCUGCAGCAUCAUCAGCAGCAGCAGCAACAGCAGCAGCUCCAGCAGCAGCAGCAGCAGCAACAGCAGCAGCCCCAUAGCAGUCGCACGAAGCACUUUCUGCGCUCGCAGCAGCUGCAGAUUUCCAGCUUUCUGCACAAGAGCAGCAGCAGCAGCAGCAGCCACGCCGAUCCGAAGAAGAGCAAGGGCAAGUCGAGCAGCGAUCGGAGGUUUCCCUUCUCCUCCAAGCACUCGACUGGCAGCGGCAGUGGCAGUGGCAGCGUGGCGUGUGCUCCAGCCCUGCCCAUGACCAUGACCCUGCCGCUGAACAAAAAGUCCAAGUCGAAUCAUGCGCUGGAUGGUGGAGCCGGCGGCAGUGGCAGUGGGAUGGCCAGCAGCAGCAUUAAGAAGAGCCAAACGUACAAUCAGGAUCUGAGGGAGAAGAUUACGGGCACCAAGUACGAUGCUCAUCGCAAGAAUUCCGCGCCCAUACCCAUCUUUGCCAAGCUGUCGAUAUCCUCGGCCACGCCCACAAAGCCAUCGAAGGAGAAUCGCUUUCUGGGCUCGCCGCUGCUGCAUCGCACGCUGUUCGGUCAUCAUCAGCAGCAGCAGCACCAUCAGCUGCCGCUGCAGCCUGUGACGCCGCCGUGCAGCAGCGCAGAUCCUGACUGUGAUCAGGAGAUAUUCUCGCAGAUAACAUUGCCCACACACAACCAGUCCGGUUAUCGUAGCUAUCGCGGUCCUGGAGUGCCAACUGCGUCCACCACCAAUCUGUGCACGUCCGAGUCGCUGCAGCCGCCACUGCCGCCAGCGCCGCCGCCACCAACGAUGGCGCACAGCAGCAGCAAGGACAAGGAGGAAGAGGAGGAGCCAGAUGUGGCAGCAGCGGCGGCAGCAACAACGCCCACACCAAAAGUAUCAACAACCAAUUCAGUGGACUCCAAAGCGGCCACACCGGACUACCCGAACAUGGAGUGUCCGCCGGUGUUUGAGCCGGAAAUCUAUUCGCUCAGUGAGCCCAACACCAGUCUGUCGCGCCUGAUGUUGCGCAGCAAUAGCAACACGGCGACGAGCACCGCAACAAAUACCAGCGCAAAUAGUGCGUUGAACAAUAAUAAUAAUAAUAAUAACACCAACAACAACACCAACAGCAACACCAACAGCAGUCCCAGUGGCAGCGAACAUCCAACGACCUAGGUGUGUGAUGCAAAACGAUUGUGAAUGCUCUAAAACAGGAUCCCGGACUAGGCGGGAUACCUAUUUACAUAUAUAUACAUUAUAUAUAUAUAUAUAUAUAUAUAUAAACUCUCGUAUUGAUAUAGGUAUACAUUUUUCUUACAUUUAA